AUGGUAUCACCUGAGCAAGCAGCCGCUGCAGCGAUUGCACGCUGGGAGGUGGAAGAAGACGGCAUCUGGAAGCCAUGUGAUGCAGAGGUGACUCUCGCAUUGCGCCUGGCUGGAGCCAGCCUGAAGCAGCGCGUGGACUGCAAGGUGCAAGGCAGAUCCUGUGAGCUUGAUCUACUUCGAUUGGUCGAGCGCGAUAAGGUCACCGGAUUUUGCAGGAGCCUUCAACAGCUUCCACCGAAUGCUGCAGAAGCUGCAGCUGCGCGGGCUGCCGCAGGGAGCGCCCCUGGCUUGACGUCCUGUGGGCCAGAAGCAAGCGAGGUCCCAGCUGCACGUUCAAAGCGGACGCUGUCUGGCUACUUUGUGCGGAGUGCAGAAGAGACCUCACAGGCGAAAGCCCCUCGGCACGAAGUACCACAUCCACCAGCGCGUGAGAUGGCUGCGGGACAGCAGCGACAUGCAGCUGUGGCCAGAGCAGCAGAUAAGGAGGAUGCCUCUGCCUCCGUUGACGCGAAGACAGGAAAUGAGCGAAUCGCUUCCAUUUUCGAAGAGAUGAGUGUCAUACAGAAGCUGCGCCGGGACCGGUUCCGUUCACAGGCCUAUGCCAAAGCUGCGCAGGCUCUUCGGGCCCACCAGGAGCCGAUUGCGAGUGGCGCUCAAGCCAAGGGCAUUCCAGGCAUCGGCUCUGGCAUGGCCGGCCGGAUUGACGUGAUUCUGGCGACUGGAGAACUCAGCGAGCUGGAUGAGCUGAAGCGUGACAGCGAUGUCAUCGCAUUGCGCGAACUUCGGUCCGUACAUGGAAUCGGGGCAGUUCGCGCAGCGGAGCUCGUGGAGCGGGGCAUCCGGUCACUGCUGCACCUGCGCGAAGCCGUUGCCAAGAAUCAGGUUCACCUCGAUGCUGCCCAGGUCGUCGGACUGCGCCAUUGUGAAGAGUUCGCGAAGCGGAUACCUUACGCCGAGAUGAAGGAGCAUCAUCACAUGCUUGAAGUGUGCAGACUGCGGAGCAAUCCCAAGUUACUGCUCACAGUUUGCGGUUCCUACCGGCGUGAACGACCUGAUUGUGGUGAUAUUGAUGUGUUGAUCAGCCACCCUGAUUACACAACGGCAAAGCGCGAUGCUAACGCUGGAGGGAAGCUCCUGCAUGGCUUUGUGGAGUCUCUGAAGCACGAUGGGUACGUGACAGCGGACUUGGCUUUCGGCAACACGAAGUUUAUGGGUGUUUGCAGGCUGUCGGGAGACGACCGCUUGCACCGACGGCUCGACAUCCGCUGCUUGCCCAACGACCAGUGGGCACAGCGGACGUUGCCCGAGUUUCUGUUGAUGAGCAUGCAGGACUCGUCUGACAGGAAAAGAAGCAUUGCCUCGACUCCGUGGCAGCACUACGAGCUUUCCAUCGCGGAGGUUCAGCUUGAAGGUGAGGUGAACUUGAUUGGCAAAAAGGAAGAGCCCAUGUUGCAGUUCGACAUCGACCUGGGGAUGCGCGUGGAUGUUGAGAAGAGAGUUGUAGAUCGUGCGAGAAAUGAUGACACCGACUAUUGGCCGGGCAUCGCGCAAAUCGUGCACUUUGACAACGAGAACAUGAAGCCGUCGAUAAUUACACGGCUACAAGAGCUACCAGAAGAUGUGGCGCCCGAGGUAAACUGGUACCUCCAGGAGGGAAUGGGCCGGCAGUUCAUCUGGCAUGGACUGGCUAGGUGGCAUGCUUAUGCAGUCCAAAAGUGGCUGAAGCAACAGAUUGCGCCCGCCGUGCAGGAUCCGCGUGACUGUCCAGUGCCCGCUCCAUCCUUUCCACCGUUUCUUGUGGAAGCUCGCAAGAGGUACGAAGACGAGAUCCGGCAAAUCCUGUUGAAUUCAGACGAUGAGGAGGAAGAUGUGAACACCCACAACCUUCUCGAUGAUAUGGAGCAGGAUGCCGGCCUCAGGUUGCCGCUCGUUGGGCCAAGCCAGAUCCACUCGCUGUCAAGGAAGAUUUUGUCGGAGUUCGACGGUUAUCCGGACUAUGUCAGUCCCCCAGUUUCCGACGACGAAGAUGACUUUGACCCCUCCGCGCCGUACGAAUUUAGCGAUGAUACCUUCGAGUGCAAACGGAAGGGGGCUCCGCCAAAGAUGAAGAAGUUUGGUCGAUACCCUUUUCUCCCAUCCAUGCUUGCAGGCCUGGGUGGUCCGUCAAAGGACUGGCUACCUCCAAAGCAGCAUGCAAUUGCUCAUCCGGAGUGGUUUCAGACUGCUACAAAGUCUGUCGUCAACACUAAUGGUGUCACACACUUAGACCACAUCUUGGAAAAGGCGCGAAAGCGCAGGGAAGAGUUUGCAGCAUCAUCCGCGAACAAGCUCAUAUCGAUGCGGGCGUCGGAUCUUUGCUUGGCCAUCGAGAAGGGUGAUGCCAUGAAAGCUUUUGCCAAGCUCGAUGAGGAGACAGCCAGUUGCCCUCAUCCUGACACCGGGCGCUGUGCAGCGCACUACUGCAUCGCCAAGUCCUCCCACGAGAUGCUGCGGAUGGUGCUGGAAGCCAGGGCUGACCCAGAUGCUCGCGACUCCUUCGGACAAACUGCUCUGAUGAUGGCCGCGAAGCAGGGCGACGAAGAGUCGGCGAAGAUGCUCCUAGAAGCCGGAGCAGAUGCUACGCUGACAGACUCCCUGAACCGCUCAGCGUCAGAAAUGGUCAAGGUCGCGCAGAGUCAAGAGGAGGAGGAGAAUCCAUUACGGCACUGGCGGGAAAAGAUGAUGGGAGAACCAAUCCCCGAGGAUCCCUCGAAAAAGAGUCGCGAUCUAAAAGCCUUGAUCGAUGAUCGAGAGCGACCAAAGAAGUAUGGCGCUUUGUUGCUCGGCGCGCUGGCUCAGAAGGAUGUCAGGACGGCCGAGGCUGCGAUGGAGUCAGGUGCAGAUGUGAACCUUCCAGACGACAGGGGGGACACUGCCCUCCUGCUUAUCGUCAAAAGCAAGUGGAAGGACUCUCAAGGUUUGCAGAGCCGACUGGUGAACAAGGCAUACAAAGCUGGUGCGAGUGUGAACUUCCAGAAUCUACAAGGCAACUCUGGCUUACACUUCGCAUCCCACCGUGGAAGCGUUGAGCUGACCAACUUGCUCUUGAGCUUGAAAGCCAACCCGCGCCUCUCGAACAGCGAGGGCAACACGCCGUUGAUGUACGCGGCUCAUAGCGGCCACGAGGAAGUCUGUGCGGCACUGCUUGAAGCGGGUGCCCCGGUGGAAUUGAAAAAUCGGGCAGGGCUCACUGCACAAGAUAUGGCAGAGCGGAAAAACUUCAAGUCCACAGCCGCUUUGAUUCACGCCUAUCUGCUGGCACCCAAGAAGGAUAAUGAAGCCAAGAAAGUGGAGGCAAAGCGGAAAGAUGCCAAACCCCACAAGCUGGACUUCGACUAUUCAAAAUGGGAUUCACUGGAGCGAGAGAUGCGUGAAGAUGAGGAAGAGGAGCAGACAACUCGGAUGCGAGAGUCAAGCGCAGCGGUUCGAAGGCCGAUGCCAAAGUUUGAAGACCUGGGACCGGAAGCCUUUGGCCUGCCUGCCGACACCCCCUGGCCGCCCGAUGCCUCGAAGAGGAAGAAGGGGCCCUUCGACUAUGGACAUUGGGACAAAAUCGUGGACGACAUCGAGCGCCAAGACAAGGUGUUAGACAGGUACGACCGCUUGCAAAAGAAUCCGCAGUACGAGUACCGAGAUGGCCAGAAGAUGCAGGUGAUCUUCUGA